CUUAUUUCUUGAUGCGCAGCGUCGCCUGCGGUGAGCGGCAUAUUUUCUCUGAGAAACAGAAGAUGGCGCUGCGAGCAUGUGGUUUUAUAGUGUUUCGUCGCCUUGUCAGCCUCACACCCACACCAAGCAACGUUGAGUAUCUGCUCCUGCAGACUUCUUACGGGGAACACCACUGGACUCCACCUAAAGGUCAUGUGGACCCGGGUGAGGAUGACCUCACCACCGCUCUGAGGGAGACCAAGGAAGAGGCGGGGAUCGGGUCCGAGCAUCUGCAGGUGGUUGACGGUUUUGUGCAGGAGCUCCGCUAUGAGGUCCGGGGCAAACCCAAAGAGGUGCUGUACUGGCUGGCCGAGCUGAAAGACCCGGGGACGUCGGUGACGCUGUCCGAUGAGCACCAGGACUUUCGCUGGGCCCAGCUGGAGGAGGCCUGUGCUCUGGCCCAAUACAAAGACCUGCAGGACACGCUCAGGGCAGCGCACAGACACUUACAGGCUCAGGACAAACAAUGAAAUAAGUGCCACCCGGGUCAUGUGCAACUCUUCCUUUUUUUCUGGUCCGUUGUAAAAAUGUGUCCUCUAAUUCAUGUCACCGAAUAACUGACCUUUUCUUCUUAUGCUGUUUCUUUAAAUCCCUACUGUGUGGUCAUUUGUAGAUGGGACAUAUAUAUGUGUAUUUGGAAAAGGGAUAAAUACGUCAAUAAUCUUUAAUUGAAUGUAAUAUAAUCUGAAACGCACAGUUUUAACACCACUAAACUGAGUGUAGAAAAUCCCAAACAAAAGAGUCUUGUAACAUAGACUUUUAACUUAGUUUCACCUUCAAGUGAAAAACCACAUCUUAAAGAAGGUGAAUAUAUCUGUUGUUACAAUCAAAUUUAGAUGAAAUUAAUAACUGUUUAUUUUUUACCUCAAUGCAUUUUCAGUUCACUAAUUCUGAAUACAUUGGAUGCACAGGGAUACCGGGGUGAAAUUAAAAUGGUCGUGUGGAAAACCGGAGCAGGUAAACUGUAAUAACUAGAUUUUGCCUCAAGGUGGAGACAAAGAUGUUCUUUCAGUGUUUCAAACUCCAGAUCUGGAAACCCAGUGGGCCGCAACAACACAAGAUGCUGCAGAAGUGUUAAACCAGAUAUUCGGAUAAUGCAGUCAUUGUUUAAUGGUUCUUAUUGAAUGUACACAUUAAUGUCAAGAUACGAACAUCAGGAUAUCUGUACAUUUCACAGAUGAACAACUGAACUGUAACUGCUUGAGAGGUAUUUAAACAGGCCUUGUGAUUAAACAGUGUGGACAUCUGGAAAAUGUGACAUUCAUUUUUGCGUUACCUUUCCUGUUCUGUAGAAUUAGUGUUUUGUUUAAAAAAUAAUACAUAUAAUUAAAGGAAAUGUGAAUAGAGUAAUUUGAAACAGCUCAGUA